GCUGGCCAGAAGGGGCAGGAGGAGAGGAGGGCCACGGGGAAAGGGGAGGGUUGGAGGAAGGUCUGAGAACUCAGGCUGAGGGCUUCAGAGAGAAGGCUGGUGCGCCUGCUUCAGGGCUCUCUGAGCUCAGCCCAGCCCAAGCCUCCAAGCUCAAGGCUCAGCAAUGGCCCAGGGGCGGGGCACAACCUUUACAGGUUCUCAGAGGUAACAGGGAUCCUCACUCAGGAGGUGUCAGCUCAGGCCCAGCCUCUCCAGUGACAACACCAGGAGCCUCAUCUGUCUCCUCGCUCUGCUUGGACUCUGCCACAGGUGCCUGAAAGGUUACUGGGGCCCUUUGGACUUUGGGGGAACCUGGACCAGACUCUGGCCCAGUAGGAUGCCCUCGUGUCCUCCCCAGCAGAGCAGGAACAGGGUGACACAGCUGCCCGCUCUGGAGCUGGGUGACAUGGAACUGACUUGGCAAGAGAUCAUGUCUAUCACUGAGCUGCAGGGUCUAAAUGCUCCAAGUGAAUCAUCAUUUGAGCCUCAAGCCCUGGCCCCAUACCCUGGACCCCCACCACCUCCAGCUUACUGCCCCUGCUCGGUCCACCCCGAUACUGGCUUCUCCCUUCCUCCACCACCUUAUGAGGUCCCAGCAUCUACAUCCCAUGUCCCAGACCCCCCAUACUCCUAUGGCAACAUGGCCAUACCAGUCUCCAAGUCACUGACCCUCUCAGGCUUGCUCAAUGAACCCCUCCCGGACCCUUUGGCCCUCUUGGACAUUGGGCUGUCGGCAGGACCACCCAAACCUCAAGAAGAUCCAGAAUCAGACUCGGGAUUAUCCCUCAACUAUAGUGAUGCUGAAUCUCUUGAGCUGGAGGGGACAGAGGCCAGCCGGCGGCGUAACGAGUAUGUAGAGAUGUACCCGGUGGAGUACCCCUACUCACUUAUGCCCAAUUCCUUGGCCCACUCCAAUUACACCUUGCCACCUGCUGAGACCCCGUUGGCCUUAGAGCCCUCCUCAGGCCCUGUGCGGGCUAAGUCCACUGCACGAGGGGAAGCAGGGAGUCGGGAUGAGCGUCGAGCCCUAGCCAUGAAAAUUCCCUUCCCUACGGACAAGAUUGUCAACUUACCAGUAGAUGACUUCAAUGAGCUAUUGGCACGGUACCCACUGACGGAGAGUCAGCUGGCAUUAGUCCGGGACAUCCGACGGCGGGGCAAGAACAAGGUGGCCGCCCAGAACUGUCGGAAGAGAAAGCUGGAGACUAUAGUGCAGCUGGAGCGGGAGCUGGAGCGGCUAGGCAGUGAACGGGAACGGCUUCUUCGGGCCCGGGGGGAGGCAGACCGGACCCUGGAGGUCAUGCGCCAACAGCUGACAGAGCUGUACUGUGACAUUUUCCAGCACCUACGGGAUGAAUCAGGAAACAGCUACUCCCCUGACGAAUAUGCACUGCAACAGGCCGCUGAUGGGGCCAUCUUCCUGGUGCCCCGGGGAACCAAGAUGGAGGCUACAGACUAAACUGGUCCAGAGGGGUGGAACUGGUGAUGGGGAGUACUUUAAUGAGAAGGAAAUGAAGGAAAUCCUCAACUCUGCUAUCCAGAAGGGGCUGAAUUCUCUAGACCAGAAGACAUGGGAACACCUGCUUUUGGAUGCUCCAAGGUGUGUUCAGUGAGACUUGCCUUGAGACGAGCAUGUAAGAGGAGGACUAGAAUCCCUCCCCCAUGACUCAGCUUCCAGGUCUCCAACUUCUACCUCUCAUCUAAGCUCUGGUCUAUAAAGUGCUAUAGUAAUAGCCUUCUAUUUUGUCUUCCUUCUUGAAGAAGGGUGAGGAAGGUGAACACUCCUCAAGAGAUCAAUGCUUGGGGUAGAGAGGGGAUCCAGUCAAGCCCUUCUCCUGUCUUUUCCGUCAGAGCUCUAUAUGAGAGUACAUAUAAAAUUAAGGCUUGAGCAGGUAUGGAGAUCUACCACCUUCAUUCCCUUUUUCAGAGUCAGGGACCAUGGAUGAUCUGAGAAAACCCGUGGCUCCCUAUUAGGAAGUUGGAAGAGCAGCCAAAGCUGGCUAGAUCCUCCUUGUGAGGUUCCUGAGGUUUUGGUCUCACUCAAUCUUUGGAGCACAAAAAGGCUGCAAUACUUGCAGGCCUUUUGUCUGUUCUUCCUCUCCUAUCUAC